UAUCCCAGACCCGCGCAGGCGUCCUCUGCAGCAGGUUACCUCCUCCUCUUCCACCUUCUCCACCCCCCCACUUCUCCUCCUGCUGCAGCCCGGGCAGGACCAGCAGGAGAGACGCCGGCAGCCGCACCGAGACUCGUGGAGGAACCCUGCCCAGCUCCCGGAGGGCCGCCUGACUCGGCCCGCUGCUCCUGCAGGCUCCGCCGUGCGCGGCUGUUCUCCGUUCUUUUCCCAGGCUGCUCGGUGCUCGGUCCGGGACGCUUUUUUUUUUUUUUUUUUUUUUUUUUUUGCUUUCUAUCAAUACUUGAUCAGAGGAAAGGAAAGUUUUUUAAAAUGCCGAUUGCACAGUUACUGGAACUAUGGAAAAAGAUAGAGGUGGAGCCCAUGGAAAUAGAGACCACUGAGGAAGAGCUCAGCCUGGAUGCAGAACCCACCACCGAAGACGCCGUGGAAGAAGGCAAAGGUGAUGUGACCUUCGCUGAGACGCAAGCAGCCGCCUCUGCAGAGGAAGAAGGCAUCGUGAAGGAGAUCGACAUCAGUCAUCAUGUAAAAGAGGGAUUUGAAAAGGCAGACCCUUCCCAGUUUGAACUGUUAAAGGUUUUAGGACAAGGAUCCUACGGAAAGGUGUUCCUGGUGAGGAAGGUCACAGGGUCUGAUGCUGGACAGCUCUAUGCCAUGAAAGUCCUUAAGAAAGCCACCUUGAAAGUCCGAGACCGAGUCAGAUCAAAGAUGGAAAGAGACAUCUUGGCUGAAGUAAAUCACCCUUUCAUUGUCAAGCUCCAUUAUGCCUUUCAGACAGAAGGAAAACUCUACCUGAUCCUGGACUUUCUGCGUGGUGGAGAUCUCUUCACCAGGCUAUCCAAAGAGGUUAUGUUCACUGAGGAGGAUGUCAAGUUCUACCUGGCAGAGCUAGCUCUGGCUCUGGACCACCUGCAUGGCCUGGGAAUCAUCUACAGGGACCUGAAGCCUGAGAACAUCCUGCUGGAUGAAGAGGGGCACAUCAAGAUCACAGAUUUUGGCCUGAGCAAGGAGGCCAUCGACCAUGACAAGAGAGCCUACUCAUUCUGCGGGACCAUAGAAUACAUGGCACCUGAGGUGGUGAAUCGGCGGGGACACACUCAGAGCGCCGACUGGUGGUCCUUUGGAGUGUUGAUGUUCGAGAUGCUCACUGGUUCCCUGCCGUUCCAGGGGAAGGACCGGAAAGAGACAAUGGCCCUCAUCCUCAAAGCCAAGCUGGGGAUGCCACAGUUCCUUAGCGUGGAGGCCCAGAGCUUGCUGAGAGCCCUCUUCAAGAGGAACCCCUGCAACCGACUGGGCGCUGGCAUUGAUGGAGUGGAGGAAAUUAAGCGUCACCCUUUCUUUGUUACUAUCGACUGGAAUAAGCUGUACCGGAAGGAGAUCAAACCACCCUUCAAGCCUGCGGUGGGCAGGCCCGAGGAUACCUUCCACUUCGACCCUGAGUUCACGGCACGGACACCCACAGACUCUCCUGGUGUCCCCCCAAGUGCCAAUGCACAUCAUCUGUUCAGAGGAUUCAGUUUUGUGGCUUCUAGCCUGGUCCAGGAACCUUUGCAGCAAGACUUGAACAAGGCUCCUGUUCACCCAAUCGUGCAGCAGCUGCAUGGGAACAAUAUCCACUUCACCGACGGCUAUGAGAUCAAGGAGGACAUCGGGGUAGGCUCCUACUCGGUAUGCAAGCGAUGUGUGCACAAAGCCACCGAUGCUGAGUAUGCUGUGAAGAUCAUUGAUAAGAGUAAAAGAGAUCCCUCAGAAGAGAUCGAGAUCCUCCUGCGGUACGGCCAGCACCCCAACAUCAUCACCCUCAAAGACGUGUAUGACGAUGGCAAGUAUGUAUACCUGGUGAUGGAGUUGAUGCGUGGCGGGGAGCUGCUGGACCGCAUCCUCCGGCAGCGGUGCUUCUCAGAGCGUGAGGCCAGCGAUGUGCUAUGCACCAUCACCAAGACCAUGGACUACCUGCAUUCCCAGGGGGUUGUACACCGGGACCUGAAGCCCAGUAACAUUCUGUACAUGGAUGAGUCUGGGAACCCUGAAUCCAUCCGCAUCUGUGACUUUGGCUUUGCCAAGCAGCUACGGGCUGAGAAUGGGCUGCUGAUGACCCCAUGCUAUACAGCAAACUUUGUGGCCCCUGAGGUCCUGAAGAGACAAGGCUAUGAUGCAGCGUGUGAUGUCUGGAGCUUGGGAAUCCUGCUAUACACCAUGCUGGCAGGAUUUACCCCUUUUGCCAAUGGACCGGAUGACACUCCUGAGGAGAUCUUGGCGAGGAUUGGCAGUGGGAAGUACGCCCUCUCUGGAGGGAACUGGGACUCCAUAUCUGAUGCAGCAAAAGAUAUUGUGUCCAAGAUGCUCCAUGUGGACCCGCAGCAGCGCCUGACAGCUGUGCAAGUGCUGAAGCACCCGUGGAUUGUCAACAGAGAGUUCCUGUCCCAGAAUCAGCUGAGCAGACAAGACGUUCACCUGGUGAAGGGUGCAAUGGCAGCCACCUACUUUGCUCUAAACAGGACGCCACAGGCCCCACGGCUGGAGCCUGUGUUGUCAUCCAGCCUGGCCCAGCGCAGAGGCAUGAAAAGACUCACGUCCACAAGGUUGUAGCAGUCAGCAGCACCUGGACGCCAGCCCCCUCUGUCCUGCCCGGCACCCUCUCAGGCUCCUGGGCAUUGGACAUGGCCCCGCUCACAGGCACCAGAAGUGACCACAAGUCCAACCUGAUGGCAGAACAGGCCUUCACUGUCUCUGUAUUUCUUUCUUGGCCCCAAAGAGGGUCCUUUGGUGAUCCUCAGAGUCUUGCUGUGCUGAACUUGCCGCCUGCUCUCUCCUUCACUCCCAAGCAAAACCAAAUGAAUGCAGUCACCUCGCAUCACCAUGUUGGAGCCUACGUUGCUCCCAGAGUCCUGAUCUGUCCAUAUCAUGGUGUGAAAUUAUAGGGAGAGAUUGUGUCCAGCUCUGAAGCCAGUAAUAUGAUCAGACUCCCAACACAGGGAGAAGGACAUCAGUGUGGGAUCCUGGCAGGUGACUGAGAGCCCCUCUGAGGGGCUGGAUGCAUCCAGACCUCCCGGUGUCUUGGUGUCUUGAUAGCCACAUGAUUUGGGUGACAUAGGAUCAUCCAGGUUAGAGGCCUAGUCCUGCCCAAAAUCAUCCAAAGAGCUGUCUGCUUGCCUCUGGUCAUAGGUAGGCAUUGGCUGCUUUCUCCUUUCCUCCCCAGACCUGUGAAAGUGGAGGCCCUUGCAGGAGGCUGGCAGCUAGCUCUGUACUCCACAGACCCAUUUCACAAGGGUCUGGACAGAGCCCUGCGAAGGAAUGGAGUCAGGUGAAACCAGCACAACUCUGUCUAGGUUGCCCCUAUAGAGGCUGAUCCAAUGUCCCCAGCUCCGUGGUGACAGAGGCAACAGAGUCUCUCUGGGUCUGCACUUGCCUCCAAGGCAAAGGUUUUGCUGUGUUUGCUCACUUCGUUUUUCUGGUCUGCAGAGAAGCUAUGAAGGGUGGACUGUGGAAUGUUGUCCCCUCCCCCAUCCCUCUUCCAUAGGACUGGGGAAAGAAGGGAGACGGGCCCCAGCCCUCACUCAUGCAGGCAGGAGGCCCAGGGCCACCAUCAGCAGAGAAGCACUUUGUAGAAACUGUGGUUUAAGUCAUGUUUUGUGUUUCUGUUGCACAGAUGUGUUUUAAAUCAAUAUUUCAUUUUUGUUGGUGUGGCGUGCGCACGCAAGUGUGUUACUUGUGAAGUAGAAUGGAGUGAGAACCUUCUUGUGUAGCAGGCUUAGCCUAGCCCUUAAGGACCUGUGUGUUCUCAGCCUCCCUUGGAGGUACGGAGGAUGCCUUCCUCCAGGCUCAAGCCAGGGAAUCCCUGAGGAGGGUAGACGGGGAAUCUGUCACCAGUGGCUCAUUGUCCCUGCUCCUGGUACCACUGAGGAAGAGCGCCCUCUGUACCCAGCAGUGACUGAGAGCCCCCUGUGGGUCACACCAGGCUUGCGCCAGAAGACUGUAGUUAUUUCAUCCUUUUCCCUUCCAUCUUGGUUCACUCCAGAACCCAACACCACACCCCCAAAAAGUGCUGCAUUCUGGAAAAUAACUCAGCUUGGUUUGUUUUCAGACCUUAAAAUAUAAACUUGUUUCGGAAGCUUUAAUUAUUCCAUAAGACUAUUUUUUAGACAGAUCUACAAAAAAUCAAAAGGUGGGGGACAGAUUAUGUACCUGUCUUUAGAGGGCCUAUUGGGCACUGCUCAUAUUUGCUUAAUGGGAAAUACUUUUCCCCAAGGCUAAAGUGACUUUCCCAAUCACUUCAUGAUUUAGAUCUGGUUUUAUUUCGUAUUAGAAACCUAGGAAAAAUUACAGUACUUAAGUCAUAGAUUUCAUCCUCCUGAAAAUGAGCAUUUAAAUCCUCUGCUUGCAUCACAGGCAUCGAUUUGCCCAUCAGCUGCUUGCAGCCUUUGCUGAGGUUGGUUGGUUCACUUGCAGCCAUGAGUUCUGAUGCAGGGGAAAGAACCGGGGAAAUAAAAGACAGCACAUCACCGAGGAAGGGGCAUCACACAGCACCUGUGGGCUUCUCAGCCCACUCACCGCUCCUUCAGUAAUGCCCACUUACCACACCUCAUAUUCUGAGCUGCAAGCAUCCUGAAAGGAUGGAGGUGACCGUUGCCCAACCGUCCUUGAUGACAUCUGAUGAGAGCCUGUAAAAUACCUUGAUUUUUCUGUGCCUACUCAGAGCACAGGGGUACUUGAAGUCCCUCACAGGAAAUCCAGCCUAAAGGGGUUAUGAUGGAAGUCUGUUAACUUAGCUUUUUAAAAUCUUAAGGGAAACAGCAAUUGACUACAGUUUGUAAGCAGUAGGGAAUGCGUGACUGUGGGUAGCAUUAGUAUUUAUCUCCCCAUCCAAUGAACCUCCCUCUUUCAUGAAAGGCUUCACAUGCUUCACGCAGAUGUGCAGGCAUCUCAGGAAGUUCAGUGUCCUACCUGCUUACAGAGAGUCGUAGCCCCUUGGGAUCAUAAAACCAUAGAAUUACUCAUGAAAAAUACUCAGUUUCCAUCCCAGGAUUCCUAAUCUAGUGCAGGGUGCACCCUUCUAGGUCCUUUCUAGGGCCAUCCUGCCUAUCAAACCCCCAACCUGGGAGGAAUACCCAAUUCACCCCACAAUUGGGAGAGCUUUGUAGGAUUCCAACCCCAAAAUGAAAUGUGGGUGAGACAUGAGGAUUUCAGUUUGAUCCUAAGGUUAAAUUUGUGCAACAUUUUUAACUAGCCUCUUGUGUGCUGAUGUUUGGAAUAUUGUUCAGUGAGUGACAGUAGCCAUGUUAGCCACUAUUGUGCGGUAAAUGGUGUUAUUUCUGAAAAUGCACACAGGAUUUUUACCUUACAAUUACUGAUUCUCUCAAGCACAGGAUAAAGUUUGUUUCAGGCUUCUGUCUCUGACAUGUUCAGUUGCCCUUAACCUUUGCAAGAGUUGCAAAACUUCUAGGCUGGGAGAGGAUCCCGCAGUCCGUGACUGGUUAGGAAGAGGUGUAAGGUGCAACCAGGGUGGUUUCAAAGCUGAGGAGGAGACUCCGCACACAUCCUGGUUGCCCCGCCCCACGCGCUACUCUGUCCCAGUCCUCCAACUUAGCACUUUGUUUACAAGCUCGGCAGUUGUGUUUACAGGCCAUUUUCAUGUUCGCGCUUUAUAUUUCAUGUUUGAGACGGGCGGCCACUGUACAGAUAUUUAUUAUGCUUUCCAGACUUUCAGAAUAGAUUUUUUGAAUAAACAUGGAUUUUAUGAAGGGUAA